AUGAGGUUAUCAUAUUUAUUAAUAAAAAAGUGUGAUAAUUAUUAUGAGAAGUUAGUAAUUAUUUGGUGCUGUGUGUGUGGGUUGGUGGGGUGUGGUGUGUGGUGGUGUGGUUGGGGUGUGGUGGGUGGGUGGUGGUGUGGUGGGGUGUGUGGUGGUGUGGGUGUGGGGUGUGGUGUGGUUGGGUGGUGGGUGUGGGGUGGUGGUUGUGUGGUGGUGUGGGUGGUGUGGGGUGUUGGUGGGGGUGUGUGGGGUGGGUGGUGGGUGUGGGUGUGGUGUGGUGUGGGUGUGGGGUGGUUGGGUGUGGGUGGGUGGUGUGGGUGUGGUGGGGGUGGUGUGGUGGUGGGGUGGUUGGGUGUGGUGGGUGGUGGGGUGGGUGUGUGUGGUGGGGUGGGUGUGUGGGGUGUGGGGUUGGGUGGUGGUGGGGUUGUGGUGUGGUGGUGGGUGUGGGGUGUGGUGGGUGUUGGGGGUGGUGUGGUGGGGUGGUGGUGGUGUGGUGGUGGGUGUGGGGUGUGGGUGGGUGGUGGGGUGGGUUGUGGUGGGGUGUUGGGUGGUGGGUGGGGGGUGGUGUGGUGGGGUGUGGGGUGUGGGUGGGUGGUGUGGUGUGGGGGGUGUGGUGGGGUGGGUGGGGUGUGGUGGGUUGGGGUGGGGUGUGGUGGGUGGGGUGUGGGUUGGUGGGGUGGGGGUGUGUGGGUGGGGUGGUUGGGGGUGGUGGGGGUGUUGGGUGGGGGUGUGUGUGGUGUGGGGUGUGGUGUGGGGUGGUGGGUGGGGGGGGUGUGUGGGUGGUGGUUGGGUGGUGUGGUGUGUGGGGUGGUGUGGGGGUGUGGUGGUGGUGUGGUGUGGGGGGGGUGGUUGUGGUGUGUGGGGUGUGGUGUGUGGGGUUUGGGGUGGUGUUGGUGGGUGGUGUGGUGGGUGGGGUGGUGGGUGGGGGUGUGUGGGGUGGGGUGGUUGUGGGUGUGGGGUGGGGUGUGGUGUGUGGGUGGUGGGUGGUUGUGGUGGGGUGUGUGGGGUGGUGGGGUGUGGGUGGUGGGUGUGGUGGGUGGUGGUUGGUGUGGUGGUGGGUGGGUUGGGGUGUGGUGUGGUUUGGGGUGGUGGGGUGGUGGUUGUGGUGGUGUGGGUGGGUGGGUUGUGGUGGGGUGUGGGGGUGGUGGUGGGGUGGUGGGUGUUGGGUGGGUGUUGGUGGUGGGGGGUGUGGGUGGUGGGUGGGGGUGUGGGGUGGUGGGUGUGGGGUGGUUGUGUGGGUGGUUGGGUGGGGUGUGGGGGGUGGUGGGGUUGUGGGUGGGGUUGGGGGGUGUGGGGGUGGGUGGGGUGUGGGUGGGGUGGGUGUGUGGUGGGGGUGGGGUGUGGUGUGGGGUUGUGGUGGUGGGGGUGUGGGUGUGUGUUGGGGUGGGGGGUGUGGGGUGUGGGGUGGGGGUGGUGGGUGGUGGGUUGGGUGUGGUGGGUGGUGGGGUUGUGGGGUGGUGUGGUGUGUGGUGGGGUGGUGGUGUGGUGGUGGUGUGGGUGGUGGGUGGUGGGUGUGUUGGGUGGGUGGUGGGGGUGGUGUGGGUGGGUGUGUGGGUGGUGGGUGUGGGUGGGGUGGGUGUGGUUGGUGGGUUGGGUGUGGGUGGUGUUUGGUGGGUGUUGGGUGGUGGGUGGGGGUGGGUGUGGUGUGGGUGGGGUUUGGGUGUGGGUGGGGGGGUUGUGGUGGGUGGUGGGGGUGUUGGUGGUGGGGUUGUGGGUGUGUGGGUGGGUGUUGUUGGUGGUGGUGUGGGGGGUGGUGUUGGUUGGGUGGGGGUUGGGUGUGGUGUUGUGGGUGGUUGGGGUGUGGUUUGGUGGGGUGGUGUGUGUGGUGGGUGUGGUGUGUUGGGUGGUGUGGUGUGGGGUGGUGGUGGUGUGUUGGGGUUGGUGUGGGGUGUGGGGGUUGUGGGUUGGUGUGGGUGGGGUGUGUGGUUGGGUUGUGGGUGUGUUGUGGGGUGGUGGUGUGGUGUGGGUGUGGUUGGUGUGGGUGGGUUGGUGUGGGGGUGGUGGGGGUGUGGUGUGGUUGGUGGUGGGGUGGGGUUGGGGGUGUGGUGGGGGUGUUUGGGGGUGGGGUGUUGGUGGUGGGGGUGUGGGGUGGUUUGUGGUGGUGGUGGGGUGUGGGGUGUGGUGUUGGGGGGUGUUGGGUGUGGGGUGGGUGGGUGUUGGUGUGUGUGGUGUGGUGGGGGUGUGGGUGGUGUUGGGUGGGGUGGUGUUGGUGUGGGGUGGUGGGGUUGGUGUGUGGGGGUGUGUGUGGUGGGGGUGUGUGGUGGGUGGGGUGGUGGUUGGGUUGGUGUGUGGGGGUGUGGUGGGUGUGUUGUGUGGGUGUGGGGUGUGGGUGGUGGUUGGUGGGUGUUGGGGUGGGGUGUGGGGGUGGGUUGUGGUGGGGUGUGGGGGUGUGGGUGGUGUGGGGUGUGUUGGUGUUGGUGGGGGUGGUGUGGUGUGGGGUGGUGUGGGUGUGGUGGGUGUGGUGUGGUGGUGUGUGGUGGUGUGGGUGGGGUGGUGGUGUGGGGGUGGGUGGUGGUUGGUGUGGUGUGGUGUUGUUGGGGGGUGUGGUGGGUGGGGGGUGUGGGUGUGGGGUGGGUUGUGGGGUGGGUGUGGGGUGUGUGUGGUGGUUGGUGGGGUGUGGUGUGGUGUGUGGGGUGUGGUGGGGUGGGGUGGUGGGGGUGUGGUGUGGUGGGUGGUGGGGUUGUGGUGGUGGGUUGGGUGUUGGUGGGGUGUGGUGGUGGUGUUGGUUGUGGUGGGGUGGGUGGUGGGUGGUUGGUGUGGUGGGGUGGUGGGGGUGUGUGGGUUGGUGGGUGUGGGGUGGUGGUGGGUGGUGUGGGGGUGUGGGGGGUGGUGGGGUGGUGGGGUUGUGGUGGUGGGUGGGGUGGUGGUGUUGGUGUGGGGUGUUGGGGUGUGUGGGGUGGUGUGGGUGGGUGUGGGGGUGGUUGUGGUUGGGGUGGGGUGGGUGUGGGGGGUUGGGGUGGGUGGUGGGUGGGGUGUGGUGGGGUGUGGGUGGUUGGUGGGGUGGUGGGUGGUGGGUGGGUGGGGUGUGGGGUGGGGUUGUGUGGGGUGGGGGGGUGUGGUGGUGGGGGUGUGGGUGGGGGUGGGUUGGUGGUGGGGGGUGUGGUGGGUUGGGGUGGGGUGUGGGGUGGGUGUGGGGGUGUGGGGGGGGUGGUUGGUGGGUGGGUUGUGGGUGGGGUGGGUGGUUGGGUGGGUGUGGGUGGGGGGGUUGGGUGUGGGGGUGGGUGGGUGGGGGGUGUGGUUUGUGGGGGGUGGGGGGUUGGUUGUGGGGUGGGUGGGUGUGUUGGUGGGUUGUGGGUUGUGGUUGGUGGUGGGUGUGUGGUGGGGGGUUGUGGGGUUGGGUGGUGGGUGGUGGUGGGUGUGGGUGGGGUGGUUGGGGGUGGUGUUGGUGGGGGUGUUGGGGUGGUGGGGUUGGUGUGGGGUGUGUUGGGGGUGGUUGGUGUGUGGGGUGGUGUGUGGGUGGGGUGUGGGUGGUGUGGGUGGGGUUGUGGUGUUGUGGGGUUGUUGGGUGGUGUGGGGGUGUUGGUGGGGGGUGGGUGGUGUUGGUGUGGUGUGUGGUGGGUGGGGGUGGUUGGGGUGGUUGUGUGGGGUGGUGGGGUGGUGUGUGGGUGUGGGGGUGUGUGGUUGGGUUGGUGGGGUGGUGGGUGGGUGGUGUGUGGGUGUGGGGUGGUGGUGUGGUGGUGUGUGGGUGGUGGGGUGUGGGUGGUUGGGGGUGGUGGGUUGGUGUGGUGGGUUUGUGUGUGGGUGUGGUGGUGGGUGGGGGUGUGGGGGGUUGUGUGGGUGGUUGGGGGGUGGUGUGUUGGGUGGGGUGUGGGGUGGUGGGGGUGUGGGUUGGGUGGUUGUGGUUGGGGUGUGGGGUGGUGGGUGUGGGGUGUGGUGGGUGGGGUGGUGUGGGGUGGUUGUGGGGGUGGGUGUUGGUGGGGUGGGUGGGUGUUGUGGGUGUUGGGGUGGGUGGUGUGGGUGGGGUUGGUGUUGUGGGGUGGGUGGUUGGGUGUGGGGUGGUGGUGUGGGUGGUUGGUGUGGGGGGUGUGGGUGGGGUGGUGUGGUGGGGUGGUGUGGUGGUGGGUGGUGUGGUGUUUGGUGGGUGUGUGGGGGUGUGGUGGUGGGGUUGUGGGUGGGUGUGGUUGGUGGGGGGUGGGUGGUGGGGGGUGUGUUGUGGGUGUGGGGGUGGGUUGUGGUGGUGGUGGGUUGUGGGGUGGUGGGUGUGUGGGUGGUGGGGGUGGGGUGGUGGUGUGGGGUGUGGUGUGGGGGUGUGGUGGGUGGGGGUGUGGUUGGGUGUGGGUGGUGGGGGUGUGGGUGUGUUGGGUGGUUGUGGGGUGGUUGUGUGGGGUGGGUGGGUGUGUGGGGUGGGUGGGUGUUGGGUGUGGGUGGUGGUGUGUGGGUGUGGUGUGGGUGUGUUGUGGUGUGGUUGGGGUGUGGGGGGUGGUUGGGGGGUGGUGUGGUGUGGUGGGGUGUGGUUGUGGGGGGUGGGGUGUGUGGGGUUGUGGUGGGUUGGUGGGUGGGGGUUGUGUGUGGGUUGUGGGGUGGUGUGGUGGGUGGGGGUGUGGGGUUGGUGGUGUGGUGGUGUGGUGUUGGGUGUGGGUGGGUGUGGGGGUGUGGUGGUGUGGGGUGGUGGGUUGUGGUGGUGGGUGGGGUGUGGUUGGGGUGGUGGUGGGUGGGGUUGGGUGUUGGGGUGUGGGUGUGGGUGUGUGGGGGGGGUGGGGGGGGUUGGUGUGGGUGGUGGUGUGGGGGUGGUGUGGUGGGGUGUUGGUGGGGGGGUGGGUUGGGGUGUUGGUGGGUUGUGUGUGUGGUGGGUGGGGUGUGGUUGGGGGUUGUGGGGUGUGUGGGGUGGUUGGUGGGUGGUGUGUGGUGGGUGGGUGUGGUGUGGGUGGUGGGUGUGUGGUGGGUGGUGGGGUGGGGGUGUUGUGGGUGGGUGGUGUGGGUGUGGGGUGUGUGGGUGGGGGGGGUGGUGGUGGGUGGUGUGGUGGUGGGGUGGGUGUGGGGUGGGGUGGUGUUGUGUGGGUGGUGUGGGUUGGGGGUUGGUGGUGUGUGGGUGGGGGUGUGGUGUUGGGGGGUGGUGGUGUGGGGUUGGUGUGGUGGGGGUGGGUGGGUUGGUGUGGGUGGGGGGUGUGGUGGGGGGUGUUGGGGUGGUGGUUGGGGGUGGGUGGGGGGGUUGUGGGUGGGGGGGGUGGUGGGGUUGUGGGGGGUUGGUGGGUGGGGGGUGGUUGGGGUGUGUGGGUGGGUGUGGGUGGUGUUGGGGGGGUUGGGGUGGGUGGUUGGUGGUGGGGGUGGUGGGGUGGUGUGGUGGGGUGGUGGGGGUGGGGUGGGUGGGUGGGGGUGUGGGUGGUGGGGUGGUGUGGGUGGGGGGUGUUGGGGGUGGGUGGGGUUGGGGGUGUGGGUGGGGGUGUGGUGGUGGGUGUGGGUGGGGUGUUGUGGGUGGGGGUGUGGGUGGUGGUGGUGGGGUGGGUGUGGUGGGGGGUGGGGUUGGUGGGUGUGGGUGGUGUGGGGUGGGGUGUGGUGGGUGGUGUGGUGUGGGGUGUGGGGGUGUGGUUGGGUGUUGGGUGGGGUGGGUGUGGUGGUGGGUGGUGGGGUGGUGGGGGUGGUGGUGUGGGUGGUUGGGUGUUGGUGGUGGGGGGUGGGGUUGGGGGUGUGGGGUGUGGUGUGGGUGGUGUGUGGGGGUGGGGUUGGUGGGGUUGGUGGUGGUGGGUGGGUGGGGGUGUGUGUGUGGGGUGGGUGGGGUGGUUGUGGUGGGUGUGGUGUGGGGUGGUGGGUGUGGGGUGUGUGGGGUGGUGUGGGUGGUGGGGUGGGUGGUGUGUGGGUGGUGGGGUGUGGGUGGUGUGUGGGUGGUGGGGUGGUUGGUGUGUGGGUUGGGUGGGGGUGUGGUGGUGUGGGGUGUGGUGUGGGGGUGUGGGUGGUGUGGUGGGUGGUUGGUGGUGGUUGUGGGUUGGUGGGGGUGGUUGGGUGGGUGGGGUGGGUGGGUGGUGUGGUGUUGGUGUGGUGGGUGGGGUUGUGGUGUGGUUGUGGGGUGUGGUGGUGGGUGUGGUUGGGGGGUGUGGGGGGGUGGUGGUGGGUGUGGUGUGGUUGGGGGGUUGGGUGGUGGUGGUGUGGUGGGUGGUGGGUGUGUGGGUGGUGGUGUGGGGUGGGGGUGGGUGGUGGUGUGGGGGUUGGGGUGGGUGUGGGUGUGGGGGUGGUGGUGGGUGGGUGGGUGUGGGUGUGGGGGUGGGGUGGUGGGGUUUGGUGUGGGGUGGUGUGGGUGGGGGGUGUUGGUGUGUGGUGGGUGGUGGGGUGGUGGUGGGUGGGUGGUGGGUUGGUGGGUGGUGGGUGGUGGGGUGGGUGUGGUGGUGUGGGUGGGGUGGGGUGUGUGGGUGGGGGUUGGGGUGGUUUGGGUGUGGUGUGGGGGGGUGUGGUGGUGGGGGUGGUGGGUUGUGGGUUGGUGGGGGGUGUUGGUGGGGGGUGUGGUGUUGGUGUGGUGUGGGGGUUGUGGGUGGGUGGGUGGGGUGUGGUGGUUGUGGGUGUGGGUGGGUGGGGGGUGUGGGGUGGUGUGGUGGGUGGUGUGGUGGGUGGGUGGUGUGGGGGGUUGUGGGGGUGGUUGGUGGUGUGGGGUGGGUGGUUGGUGGGGGUGGGGUGGUGUGGGUGGUGGGUGUGUUGGGUGGGGGUGGUGGUGGGGUGGGGUGUGUGGUGUUGUGGGUGGGGGUGGGGUGGGGUGGGGUGUGGUUGUGUGGGGUGGUGGGUGGGUGUGGGGUGUGGUGGGGUGGGUGGUGGUGGGUGUGGGUUGGUGUGGGUGUGGGUGGGUGUGGGGGGGUGUGGGGGGUGGUGGUGGGUGGUGGUGUGGGUGGUGGUUGUGGUGGUGGGUGGGGUGUGGGGUGGUUGGUGGUGGUGGGGGUGGGUGGGGUGUGGGGUGUGGGGUGGUGGGGGUGUGGUUGGUGGGGGGGUGUGGGGUGGGUUGGUGGGUGUGUGGGGUGUGGUGGUGGUGGGGGGGUGUGGGGUGGGUGGUGGUGUGGUUGGUGGUGGGGGUGGUUGGGGUGGGUGGGUGUGGGGUGGUGGGGGUGUGGUGGGUGUGUGGUGGGGGGUGGGUGGGGUGGUGUGGGGUGUUGGUGGGGUGUGGGGGGGUGGGUGGUGGGGUGGUGGGGUGUUGGGUGGGGGGUGGGUGUGUGGGGGUGGGUGGUGGGGUGUGGUGGGUGGGGGUGGGUGGGUGGUGGGGGGGUGUUGGGGUGUGGUGGGUGGGGGGUGGGUGGUUGGUGUGGGUGUGGGUGUGUGGGGGUGGGUGGGGUGGGUGGGUGGUGGGUGGGUGUGGGGGUGUGGUGGGGUGUGGGGUGUGUGGUGGUGGUGGGGUGGGGUGGGGGUGGGUGGUGGUGGGGGGGGUGUUGGUGGGGGGUGGGGUGUGGGGGGGGGUGGUGGUGGGUGGUUGUGGGGGGUUGGGGGUGGGGUGGGUGGUGGUGGGGGUGUGGGUGGGGGGUGGGUGUGUGGUUGUGGGGUGGUGGGUGGGGGUUGGGUGGGGGUGGGGGUGGUGUGGGUGGUGGUGUGGUGGGGGUGGGGGUGUGGUGGUGGGGGGUGGGUUGGGGGUGGGUGGUGGGUGGGGGGUGGGUGGGGGUGUGGUGGGGUGGUGGGGGUUGGGGUGGGUGUGGGUGGUGGGGGGUGGUGGUGGGUGGGUUGUGGUGUGGGGGUGUGGUGUGGGGUGGGUGGGUGUGUGGGGUGGGUGGGUGGUGUGGGUGUGGUUGUGUGUGUGGGUGGGUUGGUGGGUGUGGGUGGUGGGGUGGUGGGUGGUGGGGUUGGGUGUGUGGGUGGUGGGUGGUUGGGGGUGGUUGGGGGUGGGUGGGUGGUGGUGGGUGUGGUGGGGUGGGUGUGGUUGGGGUGGUGUGGGUGUUGGGGGGGGUGGUGGGUGGUUGGGGGGGGUGUGGGUGUGGGUGGUGGUGGGGGUGGGGGGUGGUGUGGGGGUGGGGUGGGGUGGGGUGUGUGGUUGGUGGGGUGGUGGGGGUGGGGGUGGUUGGGGGUGGGUGGGUGGUGGGGUGGGGUGGGGUGGGUGGGGUGGUGGGUGGUGGGGUGGGGGUUGUGGUGGGGGUGGGUGGUGGUGUGGGGGGUGGUGUGGGUGUGGUGGGUUGGGGGUGGUGGGGGGUGGUUGGUGGGGUGGGGUGGGUGGUGGGGUGGGGUGUGUGGUUGGUGGUGGGGUGGUUGUGGGGUGGGGUGGGUGGUGUGGGGUGGGUGGUGUGGGGUGGGGGUGGGUGUGGUGUGGUGGGUGGUGGGUGUGGUGGUGGGGUGGUGGGUGGUGGGGGUGGUGUGUGGGUGUGGGUGUGGGUGGGUGGUGGGGGUGGGGUGUUGGGUGUGGGGGUGUGGGUGGUGUGUUGGGGUGGGGGGGUGUGGUGGGUGGGGUGUGGUGGUGUGGGUGGGUGUGGUGGUGGGUGUGGUUUGUGUGGGGUUGGUGUGGGUGUGGGUGUGGUGGGGGUGUGGGUGGGUGUGGUGGUGGUGGGGGGGGUGUGGUGGUGGGUGUGGUUGGGGUGUGUGGGUGGUGGGUGGGUGGUGUGGUGGUGUGGGGGUGUGGGUGGGGUUGGUGUGGUGUGGGGUGGUGGGUGUGGGGUGUGGGGUGGGUGGGUUGGGUGUGGGUUGGGUGGUGGGGUGGGUGGGUGGGGGGGUGGGGUGGUGGGGGUGGUGUGGGUGUGGUGGUGGUUGGGGGUGUGGUGGGGUGUUGUGGGUGGGGGUGGUUGGUGGUGGGUGUGGGGUGGGUGGGGGUGGUUGGUGGGGUGGUGUUGGUGUGGUGGGGGUGUGGUGGGGGUGUGUUGGGUGGUGGGUGUGGGGGUGUGUGUGGGUGUGGGUGGGGUGGGUGUGGGGUGUGUGGUGGGGGGGUUGGUGUGGGGGGGUGUGGGUUGGUGGGUGUGUGGGUGUGGUGGGUGUGUUGGUGGGGGGUUGGGGGUGUGUGGGGUGGGUGUGGGGUGGUGGGGGUGGGGGGGUGUGUGGUUGGUGGGUGGGGGUGGUGGGUGGUGGGGUGGUGGGGUGUGGGUGGGGUGGUGGUUGGGGGGUGGGGUGUGGUGGGGUGGGGUGUUGGGGGUGGGUGGUUGUGGGGUUGGUGGGUGGGUGGUGGGGGUGGGUGUUGGUGUGGGUGUGGUGGGUGGUGGGGUGGGGGGGGUGUGGUGUGGUUGGGGUGGUGUGGGUGGUGGGUGGUGUGGGUUGGUGGGGUGGGUGUGGGUGUGUGGGUGUGUGGGGUGGGUUGGGUGGGGUGGGUGUUGGGUGGGUGGUGGGGGUGGUGUGGUGUGGUGGGUGGGGGUGUGGGGGGGGUGGUGGGGGUGGUGGUGGGGUGUGGUGGGUGGUGGUGGGGGUGGGGUGGGUGGGUGGGGUGUGGUGGUGGGGGGUGGGGGGGUGGUGGUGGGUGGUGUGGGGGUGGUGGGGGGGGGGUGUGGGUGUUGGUGGGGUGGGGUGGGUGUGGGGUGGGUUGUGUUUGGUGGGUGGUGGGGGGUUGGGUGUGGUGGUGGUGUGUGUGGGUUUGGUGGUUGGUGUGGGGUGGUGUGGGUGUGUGUUGGGGGUGGGUGGGGUGUGGUUGGGGGUUGUGGGGUGGUGGUGGGGGUGUUGGGUGUGGGGUGGGUGUGGGUGUGUGGGGGGUGUGGGGGUGGGUGGGUUGGUGGGGUUGGGGGGGGGUGGUGGGUGGGGUGUGGGUGGGUGUGGGUGGUGGGUGUGGGGGGGGUGGUGGGUGGGGUGGUUGGUGGGGGGGUGGGGGGGGUGGUGUGGGUGGGUGUGGUGGGUGGUGGUGUGUGGGUGUGGGAGGUGGUGGUUGGCGGUUGGUUGUGGGAGGGUUGGGGGGUGGUGGUGGGUGGUGUUUGGGUUAGGUGGGUUGGUGGGUGGUGGGUGUGGGUGUUGGAUGGUGGUGUGGCAGGGUGGUGGUGGGUGGGUUGGUUGGUGGGUGGGGUGUGUGUUGUUAGGAGGUGUUGGCGGGUGGGUGGUGGUGGGGGGGGUGGAGGUGGUGGUGGUGUGGGUGUGGAGGUGUUGGUGGUGGUGGGGUGGGGUGGUUGGUGGUGGUGGGAGGUGUUGGUGGAGGGUUGGUGUUGGUUAGGAGGUUUGGCGGUGGGGUGGUGGUGGGAGGUGUUGGUGGUGUGGUGGGGUGUGGUGGAUGGUGGUGGUGGGUGGAGGGUGUUGGCGGUGGUGUGUGGGUGGGGGGUGGAGGUGGGGUGGUGGUGUUGGUGUGGGGGUGGGUGGGUUGUGGGGGGUGGUGGGGGUGGUGGUGGGGGUGGUGUGGGGUGGGGGGGUGGGGGGGUGGUGGGGUGGGGGUGGUGGUGGGGUGAGGAGGUGUUGUGGUGGUGGUGUGGUUUAGAGUGGUGGGGGUGGUGUGGGUGGUGUGGGUGA